CGCCCGCCUCCGCCUCCGCCUCCGCCUCCGCGCCCGCCCCGGCCCCCGGCCCGCCGCGGCCCGCCCAGCGCCCGUGCGGCAGCGGCUGAUGGCGGCGGCGGUGGGGCCCCCGCAACAGCAGGUGCGAAUGGCCCCCCAGCAGGUCUGGGCGGCGCUGGAAGUGGCGCUCCGGGUGCCCUGCCUCUAUGUCAUCGACGCCAUCUUCAACUCCUACUACGAUCCCAGCCAGAGCCGCCUGUGCAUCGGCCUCCAGGUUCUCCUCCGGCUCCUUGGUAUAUUUGUAUCCAGUAUUGUUCUAAUCUUGUCACAGCGAUCACUUUUCAGAUUUUACAUGUACAGCUCAGCUUUUCUAUUAGCUGCAACGUCAGUGUUGGUAAAUUAUUAUGCUUCUUUGCACAUUGACUUCUAUGGUGCCUCUAACACAUCAGGUUUGGGAACUGAGCUGCUUCCUCGAAAAGGGCCCUCACUCUGGAUGGCACUCAUAGUUCUACAGCUAGGAUUUGGAAUUGGAUACAUCACACUACUCCAGAUUCAUUCCAUCUAUUCGCAGUUAAUCAUUUUGGAUCUCUUGGUUCCAGUAAUAGGCUUAAUCACAGAGCUGCCAUUCCACAUACGAGAGACUUUAUUUUUUACUUCUUUCUUGAUUCUCACAUUAAAUACAGUACUUGUAUUGGCAGUGAAACUUAGGUGGUUUUAUUAUUCCACACGAUAUGUUUAUCUUCUAGUGAGGCACAUGUACCGAAUUUAUGGAUUACAGCUACUGAUGGAAGACACGUGGAAGAGGAUUCGUUUCCCCGAUAUACUUCGAGUCUUUUGGCUAACAAGAAUUACAGCUCAAGCUACAGUGUUAAUGUACAUCUUAAGGAUGGCAAAUGAGACUGAUUCCUUCCUUAUUUCUUGGGAUGAUUUCUGGGACCUCAUCUGCAACCUUAUAAUUAGUGGGUGUGAUUCUACACUAACUGUCCUGGGGAUGAGUGCUGUGAUCUCCUCGGUAGCCCAUUAUUUGGGCCUUGGAAUAUUGGCCUUUAUUGGAUCAACUGAAGAAGACGACAGGCGGCUUGGCUUUGUGGCACCUGUUUUAUUUUUUAUUUUGGCUCUUCAAACUGGUUUAAGUGGGCUGAGACCAGAAGAAAGACUUAUUCGCCUCAGUAGAAACAUGUGCCUUUUACUAACUGCAGUCCUGCAUUUCAUCCAUGGAAUGACAGACCCUGUACUGAUGUCUCUCAGUGCCUCUCAUGUGUCAUCUUUCCGUAGACAUUUCCCUGUGCUGUUUGUCUCUGCUUGCCUGUUUAUUCUUCCUGUUCUACUUAGUUAUGUUCUUUGGCAUCACUAUGCACUAAAUACAUGGUUAUUUGCAGUUACAGCCUUUUGUGUGGAACUCUGCUUAAAAGUAAUAGUUUCUCUUACUGUUUAUACGUUAUUCAUGAUUGAUGGCUACUAUAAUGUCCUCUGGGAAAAGCUUGAUGAUUAUGUCUACUAUGUUCGUUCAACAGGCAAUAUUAUUGAAUUUAUAUUUGGAGUAGUAAUGUUCGGAAAUGGGGCUUAUACUAUGAUGUUUGAGUCUGGAAGUAAAAUCCGGGCUUGUAUGAUGUGUCUACAUGCCUAUUUUAACAUCUACUUACAAGCAAAAAAUGGCUGGAAGACAUUCAUGAAUCGUAGGACUGCCGUUAAGAAAAUUAAUUCACUUCCUGAAAUAAAAGGGAGCCGCUUACAAGAAAUAGAUGAUGUAUGUGCAAUCUGCUACCAUGAGUUUACAACAUCUGCUCGUAUGACACCGUGUAACCAUUAUUUCCAUGCACUUUGCCUUCGGAAAUGGCUGUACAUUCAGGAUACUUGUCCAAUGUGCCAUCAAAAAGUGUACAUCGAAGAUGAUACCAAGGAUAAUUCAAAUAUAUCUAACAACAAUGGUUUUAUCGCACCCAAUGAAAACCCAGGGGAAGCGGUAAGAGAAGCUGUUGCCGCCGCUGCUGCUGCUGCCGCCGCCGCUGCCGAAUCCGAUAGGGAACAGAACGAAGAUGACAAUACAGAUUAUGAUGAUGAUGUUCAGAGAGAAAGAAACGGUGGAGUGAUUCAGCAGACAGGCACAGCAGCUGAAGAACAUAUUGAUGAUGAUUCUGACUGAUUAAAGUAGCAUUUACUAAUCAAUGAGGUAUUUGUUUAAAAUUCAGUUCAUCCGAAAUGGAGUCAUAUGCUUCAUUUCAGUGUGUAAACAAGCACAAAAACAGUAUCAUUGUUGAAUCUGUGAAUGGUUUUCCGUUUACUGUGAUGUGCUACUGUAAAUAUACCUCUUCAAUUAC